AUGAGCACAUGCUCAUUGGAAAUGCUGUUGAAACUCCAUAAGCAUCGAAGGCAAACGGUCUUCAUCACUUCAUAUUAUAGAAAUAAAAAUCCUAUCGUCCAAUAUACCAUCUUUCGAUAUGUUCGAUCGCCAUAUUUAACUGUUCUGUAAAGAUUGUUUGCAAUUAAAGUUGUCCAUGCUGUGCUUGCCAGCAAAGAAUAUUAUAGUAAUGUGGCUUAGCAAUAGCAAAUUGUUGGAUAAUCACUCAAUUUAACUUCGGAGUUGUCUAUCACCAGAAAUGCUACUGCUGAUGAAAAUAACAAAAUCUAUUGUAUUAGGUCGAAUAUUAUGAUGUGUAUAACUAUCUUUAAUUGA